CGGGAUACCGUCGUGUGGGCACGCUCGUAUUCCUUACUCGCCCUUCCUUCAGACGUCCCUCACGGUUUCUAGGGUUUCCGAUUUUGCGCCUACCAUGGAUCCCGCCUCCAAGAAGCGGAAGGCCGACGAGAACGGCAAUCUCGCCACUUCGAUUCCGGCGGCGGAACUCACUCUCUCCGACGGGCGCAAGAUUAUUGACGCCUUCUCCCUGGACCAGUUACGUGGCAUCGUCGCCGCCGCUAUCUGCCGCGGUGAACCCGGGCUCCUCGCCGAUGUCCGCUCCGUUGCCGAUCUCGACCAGAUCCAGCGAAAGCUUUUCAUCCGCGGCCUCGGGAUGGACACUACCACGGACGCUGUCCGUUCCCUCUUCUCCAUCUACGGAGAGGUCGAGGAGGCUGCCGUUAUUGUCGAUAGAAUCACGGGGAAGAGCAGAGGAUAUGGAUUCGUCACCUUCCGCCACGUCGACGGGGCUCUUCUCGCUCUCAAGGAGCCCUCAAAGAAGAUUGAUGGUCGAAUGACCGUAACCCAGCUCGCUGCCGCCGGCUCCUCGGGAUCCGGUGCUACUCAAUUCGUGGAUGUCUCCCAUCGCAAGAUCUAUGUGGCGAAUGUCCCUGCUGAAAUGCCUUCAGACCGCUUGCUCGCUCAUUUUUCCUCGUAUGGGGAGAUUGAGGAGGGGCCUUUAGGAUUUGACAAGCUGACUGGGAAAUUCCGAGGAUUUGCACUUUUUGUGUACAAAACAGCUGAAGGGGCCAGGAAUUCUCUUAUGGAACCUAACAAAAACAUCGAUGGGUACAACUUGGUUUGCAAACUAGCCAUCGAAGGAAAGAAGGGCAAGCCAGGUGCCCCAGUCCCAGGUGCUGCUCCUGUGGGAGGGAUUCCAAGCCAGCCUUUGGGUAAUGGCGCUGAUAUGGGUCCUGAUGGGAUUGGAUUAGGUGUGCAGAGCUCUGUCUCAAGCCAAUAUGGCGGACCAGGUGGCAGUUUCAGUUCGUAUGGUGGGUACUCCGGUAAUGCUCUCCCUACCGCUGCUGCUGGACUGAGUCACCAUCCUAAUAUACGCUCAUCAUUUCCAUCCUCAGUUGGUGCAGUCACUCCAGCUCUGUCAGUUGGUAGUCAAAUGCCUUCAGGUGGAAGUUAUGGUAUAGGUUCUGGUAGUUAUGGUGCUGUUCUCGGGUCUUCUUCUCAGUAUGGUGGCCCUGGCUCUGGUGGCUACGGAGGUUAUGGUAUGAGUUCAUAUGGAAUGCCUCCGAACCCUGGUGGAAUGCCUUCAGGUGGUUUUCAUGACAGCGGGCAUUAUCCUCUAUCUUCAUCAGUGUAUCAGAAUCAUCAUCACCAGCCAGCAGGUUCCUCUCCUGGACAGAAGGCUUCAAGUGGAGGUGUAUAUCCGAAUGUUCCACAUUAUUACUAAGGUGUUUGGGAACAUGGGAGCAAUGAUUUGAAUGAUUGUGCUGAAUUCGGAUUUGUUAUCUGCUUUAUGAAUGGUUUGCAAAGUUUUGUGGCUUCUCUGCCCUGGAAUGCACUUUCCUUUCGGAAUGUUAGGUGUAGAGAUAUAAUUGAUCUAAGGUUUUAGCACUUCAUUAACUCUAUGGUUGUUGAUGUUUAAUAAUUAACUUUGUAUGCUGACUAUGUUACCUCUUAGAAUGCAACUGGUUGCUCGUCUCAAGUUGAAUUGUUA